UCUGCGUGAUGAUCAGCUGGCCUCUGGUCAUGUGACUGGACCGAAUGCUUUCUGCGCAUGCGCUUGUAGAAUGAUGUGACGAUCUUUUCCGGGUCGAGAAAUUAGCACACCCAUGAAUGUGAGCUAGCGGGCCCGAAUUGUUCAUUAAAAUAACCCUCAAAGGAAAUAUAAUCGGACAUUAAGACAUAUCCAGAACAGAACAUCAACUGUAUUGUCCGUUAACAUAAGACGCCGCGAUGCCGUCGCUCAGCUGUCGAUUUUACCAGCACCGGUUCCCAGAGGUGGAGGAUGUGGUGAUGGUGAACGUGAGGUCCAUCGCUGAGAUGGGAGCGUACGUCAGCCUGUUGGAGUACAACAACAUCGAGGGCAUGAUCCUGCUGAGCGAGUUGUCCCGUCGACGUAUCCGCUCCAUCAACAAGCUCAUCCGCAUAGGCCGCAAUGAGUGUGUGGUCGUCAUCCGAGUAGACAAAGAAAAGGGAUACAUUGAUUUAUCAAAAAGAAGAGUUUCACCCGAGGAGGCCGUCAAGUGUGAGGAUAAGUUCACCAAAUCUAAAACUGUGUACAGCAUCCUGCGGCACGUGGCGGAGGUUCUGGAGUACACUAAGGACGAGCAGCUAGAGAGUUUCUACCAGCGCACCGCCUGGGUGUUCGACGAGAAAUACAAGAGGCCAGGAUAUGGAGCGUAUGAUGUCUUCAAACAGGCUGUAGCAGAUCCUGCCAUUCUGGAUUGCCUGGAGUUAUCAGAGGAAGAGAAGGCUGUGCUGAUCGACAACAUCAACAGGCGACUCACUCCACAGGCGGUCAAAAUCAGAGCAGAUAUUGAAGUGGCGUGCUAUGGCUAUGAGGGCAUUGAUGCAGUGAAGGCAGCUCUGAGGGCGGGACUUGGCUGCUCCACUGAGGUCAUGCCCAUCAAGAUCAACCUGAUCGCCCCCCCUCGCUACGUGAUGACGACGACCACUCUGGAGCGCACAGAGGGUCUCUCCGUCCUCAACCAGGCCAUGGCUGCUAUCAAGGAGAAGAUUGAGGAGAAGAGAGGCGUCUUCAACAUCCAGAUGGAGCCGAAGGUGGUGACGGACACGGAUGAGACGGAGCUCGCCCGGCAGCUGGAGAGGCUGGAGAGAGAGAACGCCGAGGUGGACGGAGACGACGACGACGAGGAGAUGGAGGCCAAAGCAGAAGACUAGUCUGUCCUCAAAGGAAGGCUGAAGGGGAAAACCAUCGAAGAAGAAAUGUGGACAGACCUGGCCGCAGUCACUCAGACCAACAGAUGUUAACUUUCACAUUGCAAACAUUAACUGGUGUUAAUUGGCAAACGUCCCGGUUUGUUCUUUUUCAGGAGAUGGUAACACAACAAUCUGUCUUAUGCAGACAUGGAAGGAAAGUCAAAUUUACAAGAUAAACAUCAGUAUAGUUUCUAUUUUUAAUUAACUGAUUUGAUUAAAUAACAAGCAGUGGCCUUUGCUUAGCUCUUGCUUAAGAGCCCAGUGUCUUCAGUCUCCAUGGCGCUGUGUCUCUGGCUGGUCACUGGAUGAGAUGGAUUUAAAGGAGGAACACAUUGCUCGUCUGUCUCAACACCGGUUAGAGGUGACUUUGUGCUAUUUCUCCCCCAGUUUAAGGUUUUACUGGCAACAUGUGCUCUUGUUUAGCUCACAUGGCAUCAAUAAAGUUCUGGAAGUUUUGAACUCAA